CUUAAAAGUUAAAGCACUGAAACAGUGGUAAACCCAGAAAGAACAAUUUGACCACGGCGUUUUUGUCACUCUCGACAUUGGCUUCCAGAGUUGGGUUUCUCAUUUCACGUUCAUCUUCAAGCAGAGGCCUCAUCUCUACUCGUUUGUCUUCAGCCACCUCCACCAAGAUGGCUUUGGAAUCCUACGCAUUUGGACCGUACAAAAUCGACAGCAAGGAAGUGUUUUACAGCACCAAUCUGUCGUAUGCGUUGGUUAAUCUGCGCCCUGUUGUUCCUGGUCAUGUGCUCGUCUGCCCAAGGCGUGAAGUGAAGCGCUUUGUUGAUCUCACUGUUGAUGAGACCAGUGAUCUUUGGAUCACAGCACAAAAGAUUGGCAGUCGGCUUGAGAGCUACCACAAAGCAACAUCUCUAACACUUACGAUUCAAGAUGGUCCCCAAGCUGGGCAGACUGUACCUCAUGUUCAUAUCCAUAUACUUCCCCGCAAAGGUGGUGACUUUGAGAACAAUGAUGACAUUUAUGAUGUGCUCGAUGAAAAGGAGAAGGAAUUGAAGCAGAAGCUUGACUUAGAUAAGGAGAGAAAGGACAGAGCUCUUGAGGAAAUGGCACAAGAAGCAGAAGAAUACAGAAAGCUUUUCCUGUAGAAUGCAGAUGGAAAGUUCCUACUCUAACUUGCGCUGCCCGCUAUACCCCAGAUUGAAGCUUCAGAAAAAUUACUGUAGGAAAUUGUUCUGUAAUUUGUACUGUCUUAUUACCAAUUUUACCUCCAGUGUGCUCGGGUGGUUAAUUAUUGUUUGUUUAGUCAGUGAAUGAGAGCAGGAGUUUUCCUGUAUCAUUUGUGCUUUACCAUUGGAUUCGCUCGUUAGAUAGACAGUUUAGCUUGUGGUUUAUGUUGCCGAACUGUUGAUCAUCUCAAAAUUGGUGGAGCAGGGUCUCCUUGACUCCUCAGAUCAAACACUUCCAAUAAGCUUGCUUUACGUAGUUGGUUGGGUGGGUGUUCUAUGA